AUGACAUGCAGACGAUGGAGUUAUUUGCAUAGAAAUUUUCGAUGCCUUGUUUGCUCAACUUGUACCUCGUGCCUUAUUGUUUCCGGUUCACUUAUUUUAUUCCUAAUUGGUCAAAUUUUCGAUUCCCAUUUUUUAAUAGAAUAUCCGUGUUUUACGUAUUUCUUCGGGAUUUACGCGGACGCUUUCUCGACUUUUUUAAUCACAAUCGAGCGUGGAGUGGCUACAGUACAAGCGAAAGAUUAUGAGGCAAAGAAGAGGAAUCUUUACCUCAAUUUUUUCUUAUUUCUCCUGCCGCGGGCUCUUCAUCUGGAUCUACUACUCGGAAAUCAUUCCGUUUGC